AGGAAGGAGAUACUAAGAAAAAAAAGAUUCUCUUCUGACCUCAUUCCGCCGGGAAAGACAAAAAUGUACACCCCAUUCAGGAGAUGGAAUGGACGAUGUUUAUAUAUCACACUGGUUUGCAUUUAAACACAUGCAAUUUCUAAUGGAUAAGUUUAAACCUAGAAAAACUAUUGACAAUGUUUCAUCGGUCACCCAUGGUUCACCUGAUGACGUAGAAGAUAUUAAUUUAAACGAUAGUAAGAACGAAAAUACAACAGCUCAGGAUAAAGAAAAUCCUGCGAAACAGGGACAAAAAAGUCACCACGAUAUGCAACUAAAAAACACAACUAAAUCCGACAAAAAACGACAACGACAAGAGGAUCCUCGCAUAGAUGAAGCAUAUUCUAUUCUAAAAGAUUCAUUAGCGCAAAAAACUAGAGACGAAAGCACAGUAUUUGGGGAGCAUGUGGCUAAUAAACACCGCAAAUACAAUUCAAAAAUUCGAAGCAUCGUCGAACAUAAAAUUAAUGACAUACUAUUUCUAGCGGAUAUGGGAUAUUUAUCUCAAAGUUCCUACCACCAGGCGUCACAAUCUCCGCAUGGAUCAACCUAUAUAUAUUCAAUCCUCCACAUCCUCUUCUCAACCAAAAUCUUUUCAUGCUGUUACUACACCUUAUCAAACGCCAGCACCAUUGCCAUCUCCGCAAAAUGAAGAUAUUAUUACUACACAAUAUGAGUAUGAACAGCCAACCAAAAAUAUCAUGCAGGUUGCCACUGAAUUUACGGGAGAAUAAAAACGCUACUGUUUGUUGAAUAACUAGUUUGGGUUUUUUAUUUGUAUGUGUUCUUGAAAUAUAUCUGAUUUUGUAAAUAAAAAAAAAAUA